AUGAAAUCUGAAGGCUAGGGGGUCCAUUCAGGCUUAAGAGGAGGUCUCAGUUUCAGUUUCUCACGUAUUACCUUGGAAUUUUCAUUCAGAUUUCACAAUUCAACUGAAGCUGCUCCUCACAACCGGGCAUCCGGUAUCAGCGUGAACAUGUUCUACCGAGGUUCAUACGUUGAUGGUGGCAAUGGUCGUGAAAUGGGUGCAAAGCGGCAACGGAUAGUUGAUCAGGGAUCUUCUUAUUACGGGACUUCUCCUGGUUCUGGUUUUAUGUAUAAUACAAGUCCCUAUGCAUACGUUAGUCAGCCACCACCGUUUCCUGUUGUCAGACUUCGAGGUCUUCCUUUCGAUUGCAUGGAAACUGAUGUUGCUGAGUUCUUUCAUGGUCUGGACAUAGUUGACAUUGUUUUUGUGCACAAGAAUGGUAAAUUCACAGGGGAAGGUUUUUGUGUUUUGGGUUACCCUCUGCAGGUUGAUUUUGCCCUUCAGAGAAAUAGGCAAAACAUGGGCAGGAGAUAUGUUGAGAUUUUCAGGAGUAAUCGGCAGGAAUACUACAAGGCUUUAGCAAAUGAAGUAUUCGAUGCCCGGGGUGGUUCACCAAGAAGAACUGCACCCAGCUGGUCGAAGCCAAACAACGAGGUGAAAGACUCUGCUGAACACACGGGUGUACUACGAUUGAGGGGACUGCCAUAUUCGGCUGGCAAGGAUGACAUACUGGACUUCUUCAAAGGUUUUAACUUAUCGGAGGACUUGAUUCAUUUAACACUGAAUUCAGAGGGGAGGCCAAGUGGGGAGGCAUUCGUCGAGUUCGCCAACGUGCAAGACUCGAAAGCAGCCAUGGCCAAGGACAGAAUGACGCUAGGUAGUCGAUACAUAGAGCUGUUCCCAUCAUCACAGGAAGAGCUCGACGAAGCAAUCUCUAGAGGGCGGUGACCACCAGCUAUUCUAUUCACCGUUUUUCUUCAAUUACUAUUUUGUUUUGCUUUUGCAGCAGGGAUCCAUGUUUAUGGAGUUACUUACAAGUGAAUAGGAGCUAAGUUUGAUUGUAAGCUUUUGGUGACCAUACACUCUACUUUCAGGACCAUUGUUUGUCAGAAGCGAGUGGGUCGUAUCGCUCUCCUCUGCAUAAAUUUGUGAAAAGAAUUUGGUUGGUAGGCCAUUUAUCUGGGGAAGAUGCUUAAAAUAUCUCAAGGUUCUGUGAAAAUUUUCUCACAAAAAUUUUCAAUCUUGACAGAGUUCACAUGGUGAGUUCAUAUGUAUAUGUUGGGUAAUACUUGAUUUAUUGCUCCAUGACAUUUUUAUCUUUAAACUAAAGUUGAAGAGAAA